AUGUCUACCCCUUCUCUCUCUACCCUCCCCGAGGAGCUUCAGACUCAUAUCCUGGAAUACAUAUACAAAUACUCCCUCAUCGACCUUCGUCUCGUCAGUCACACAUUCUCCCGCCUCAUCACACCCAUCAUCUUCCGCGCCAUUCGCGUCCGCGCUUAUAGAGAUGAGCCACAGCGCUUCCUCAACAUCGCCAUGACGCCACGUCUGAGAUGUCACGUGCGAGAAGUCACCUGCGAUACUUGGACAGGAUCUUUUCCCACAGAGAAACGGCUGGAGCUCGUGGACAAGUUCUUCGAAGCUAUUCCUUCCAUCUGCGUGUUUCCCAAGCUCGACACUCUCAACAUACGCCUGGAACGUGAUGGAUUUCAUAUGUAUCACAAUACGCAAUACCGACUUCUGGAGAUGCUGUUUCGCUGCAUGGAGGGGGCCUGGCAGGUACAUAAUUAUAUUGGCAGGGAUACCACGUCUUCUCCCGAGGUUCUAUCUGCCGGAAUAAGCUCACAGCCACAAGUCUCAACUGCAAAUAACACUUCUCCCGAGGUGUCUGGUCAGCAGGCUAAAACUGGGGUCUCUCGUCCUCUCAAGACUCUGACGAUCUCGAAUCUCGUUGAUUUCAGUAGUGUCAAGGCGAUGCUUUCUUUUCAAUCUGUCAUGAACUCGGGGGCUCUGAAGGACCUACGCAUCAGCACAGCUGAACUCAAUACACAGAAGUGCUGCCAAGAUGUCCACCACGAUCUCCUUGAUACAGUGCUCUCUCUUAGGGUCGCAGGCAAUCUCCAGGUCCUGUCCCUGUUUUUCUUGAAAUCAUGGGGAUGGUUUCCCAACAUGGACUUCCGCCUGGUUGGUGCCAACGACCUGCCUAAUCUCAAGGUUCUCGCUCUGGGACAAUUUGAGUUCAGUCAAUGGUGGCAGGUUGAGUGGAUCGGAUCCCUUGGCAUCGAGAAGCUUUAUCUCGAUGAGUGCACAGUUUUGCACUCGGAUCGCAAUCGGGCUAACUCCACUGCGGUUUCGGUUUGCCCAGAGAAGGCCCAGUGGGUAAAAAGCAAUGCCUGGCGCGAGGGCUCAACUUACCAUACACAUACUCGCUGGCACCAUAUCUUUGAGCACUGGGCCAAUACCAUGCCCAACCUCCGCGUCUUCAAACUCGGGCAAGGCUGGGACUUGGAUGACAGCUGUUCUUGGAAGGCGAUUGACCCAACUUACGAGGGGGACUUUUACGAGCACGUCGAAGAAGAGCACGAGGCUAUUUUCCAGCCAUUCCGAGAUACCUACCACCAGCACUUUGAGUGUCCUAUACCUCAUACCACGGGCACUGGUAUUCGACGGUAUGGACCUGAGGCUGCCCAGGCUAAUGCCGCUGUCUUCACGUACGUGGAGCAUAUCAAGGGUUUCAAGGGUUUCGGUCAUACCUAUACUGAUAGUCCUGGGCAUGGCAAGGACUUUAUGACUGUUAGUUCCGAAGAGAAAGAGAGGGAUAUGAAGGCGUUUGAUAAGUUUUUGACGGUUGUCGAGACACGACGAAAAGGGCUCGCUGGCAAGGAGUAG